CCAGGCUAUAUGGGAGGACGGUACAUCACUCUGCUACAAAACGAAAAAAGAGGAAGAAAAACCCCUGACAACCCUGACAACCUUUGACACUCAACACACAGGUGAUGGUUGUGCUUGCAGCUAAAUUAAUUCGUUGAUGGUACACGUCCACCAAUUCCAUGUGUUCCUGUUACCACAGUGUCACCGGAUCUCUUUCCGAUUCGUGCUUACCCAAUUCCAGACCAUCCUACUUGUUUUGUUUUGUUUUUUUUUAUUUCGUCGCAGAAAGCGCAUCUUUUAUGCUUCCCCUAAUUAGUUCCUGACAGGAAGCUUGAUGCCAGCAGACCGUCCAACCCACAGGGCUAAAACGGCAGCACUUGAACCGAUCUUCCACGGCUGUGUCGUAACCGUUCCCAUUAUCCUGACCACCCUGAUUCAGGGAUGACACUGCGUCAUUAGAAAUUGCUCUGAAUGUGCCAUUCUUGCUCCAGAUAUCAUUGUUGAUACUCUGCAAACAAGUACGCAGGCAGAGCGGAUUGGGCAUUUUGAUCGCAGACACCAGGAUAGACAGGCUAGCAGGACGGGCACCAAUGGCCAGUAAACCGUUCAGCAUCGAGAGUAUCCUCGCCUCUUCAUCCUCCACUAAAUCAGCAAAGUCCCUGUCAGAGGAUGCCUCCGCGACAGCGGCUGUUGUUGUAUCGAGCAGAGACGCACAGGAACUUCAGCUCAAAUACGACCGCAGCAUAGAGGAGAGAGGUACCGGGCUGGCACACGAUUUGCCUCGGCGGGAUUUCCACCUUGCACCGUCGGCCCCUUUUACUCCCGGACCGUGGUACCCGUGGCUGCACGCAAAUGCUUAUCUUCAUUACGCAUAUGAAAAUGCAUUGAUGCAGCAGCCUCCUUUUCCCCGGCCAUCACCCACUGGCCUCCCAAAGACAACCCCGCCAAACUCGCCAAAGUCUACAAGCCGCUCUCUCCCGCCCAGCCGAUCUCACAGCCCUGAUCAGACCGAGGAUCGGGUCAGUGACGUAGACAGCGACAACGGGAAAAAGUCUGCGACAGACGGGGACGAUCACGGCCAGCGCAAGAAAAAGAAGAAGACGCGCACAGUGUUCUCCCGGAGCCAGGUCUUCCAGCUGGAAACCACUUUCGACAUGAAACGAUACCUUUCUAGCUCUGAACGGGCUGGGCUGGCCGCAUCCCUCCAUCUGACAGAGACGCAGGUUAAGAUCUGGUUCCAAAACCGAAGGAACAAAUGGAAGCGACAGAUGGCUGCGGAGCUGGAGGCAGCUAACAUGGCCCACGCAGCCCAUGCUCAGGUCCAAGCUCAUGCUCAAGCAGCGCAGAGGAUGGUGCGAGUACCCAUCUUGUACCAUGAGAACACAUCCCAAAGAAGCACACAAGAAGGGUCUACAGAGACAGGGACUUUAUCCCGGCACCACGUUCUCCCGUUCCCGAUGUCGUAUUCUUCUCAUUUCCAGCACCUAACAACAGCAGCAACGGCAGUCCCGGUCCGUACCUCAGUGCCUAGUAUUGCCACGUAACAAUAACUAUACUAUACAUGUACAUGCGAGUACUAAACGAUAUCUGCCCCUCGCUAUCUUUUGGAAUCUGCCUGAAUAGCAUUUAGACACAAAAAUCCACACCAUGAAAUGAAUGGUUGGUGGUAUGUUCACAAGUGCAAUGUAGUCUCAUCAAGAUAGGGCUGAACAGUGUUUGUGUAAAUAAAUGUGUCAUGUUGACUAAACAAUUUUAUGAUAGUAUCGUGAACGCACAUGUGAUGUGUUGAGGACGUAUAUGCAUAUGUGUACAUAAACUAAAGAUGUUUUGGAUGUGACAGGAUUAAUUUCAAGUAUUUAUUUCGUAUAUAAUUAUGUUGGUGUUGAGUUGUUUCGAAUUUGUUCUGCGUAUGUAAGUGUUGUUGCCAACGACGAAACAAUGACCAAUUGUUGUAUCAUUGAAAUUGGUACUUUUGAAUGACCUUUUCUGAGGCUGACAAAUGUGAAAUCCGGAGUACAAUUUGAGGUUAAUGAGCGAAGUUUGCAGGAAAAGAUAUCAAAGUCUUCAGUAUAUCUUGUUUUAUAAAAAGGGUAAUAAAUGGACGACGAUUACAGAUA